UUCUAAUAGCUAAGAACUUGAAAUCCAAUCGGAAAUCAUCUGUGACUUAAAAGAAUAGUGGUACAUACCUUAGUAAUAUUUGGAAUUAAAUGGUAAAUAUGAAUGCUAUGGUAAAUCUGAACACCUGGUGGCGCUGCAGGCUAGGCGUUUGUGUAAAGGGCUCUGGAUAUCCGGGGCGCCAUUAAGCCCCGAAUCAGAACUGGGAAUGCUCCCUAGAAUCAGCAAGCAUUUUAAGUCAGCCCCCCAGGCAGAGCUCUGCAGAGGGCAUUGUUCUAAUGCAAGGCCCUGAGAAAGGCCUAAUUCAAGUUUAUUUAGCGAACCAUCUGGAUUGAUUGUAUACCGGAUAAGAGAAACUGCACGUCUCUGACGGAGCCUGAAGGAUGGAGACUGCGAUAGCCAAAACGUCACGGAAAAGGCAAGUUAUGUUUCUUGCUAUAUUAUUGCUUUUGUGGGAGGCUGGCUCUGAAACGAUUAGGUAUUCUUUGCCAGAAGAAACAGAGAGUGGCUACUUCGUGGCCAAUCUGGCAAAAGAUCUGGGGCUCAGGGUGAGGGACCUGGGCACUCGGGGCGCGCGAAUCCAUUACAAAGGAAACAAACAGCUCUUGCAGCUCAAUACAAAGACCGGGGAUUUACUUCUGUCCCAAAACCUGGACCGAGAGGUGCUGUGCGGGGAGAUGGAGCCCUGUAUUCUGCAUUUCCAAUUGCUACUGGAAAACCCGGUGCAGUUUUAUCAAGUUGAACUGCAGCUCACAGAUAUAAAUGAUCAUUCUCCUGAGUUCCUAGAGAAAGAAAUGCUGCUAAAAAUUCCGGAAAGUGUCCUUCCAGGGACUGUGUUUCCUUUGAAAACGGCCCAGGACUUUGACAUAGGUAAUAAUAGUGUUCAGAACUACACAAUAAGCCCAAACUCCCAUUUUCAUGUUGUCACUCGUAAUCGCGGAGAUGGUAGAAAAUACUCAGAGCUGGUGCUGGACAAAGUUCUGGACAGGGAGGAGCAGCCCGAGCUCAGUUUAACACUCACAGCGUUGGAUGGUGGGACUCCGCCCAGGUCCGGGACCACAGCAGUCCGCAUUGAGGUCAUGGAUAUUAAUGACAAUGCUCCUGAGUUUCUACAGUCGCUGUAUGAGGUACAAAUACCUGAGAACAGUCCUCUUAACUCCUUAAUUGUCACUGUGUCUGCCCGAGACUUAGAUGCUGGAACAUAUGGGGAAGUAGCCUACUCUCUAUUCCAGGGCGAUGAUGUCACCCAACCCUUUGUCAUAGACAAUGUCACAGGAGAAAUUCGUCUGAGAAGGGCAUUGGAUUUCGAGACAACUAGAUAUUAUAACUUGGAAAUUGCAGCCUCAGAUGGUGGGGGUCUAACAGGAAAAUGUACUGUGGCAAUAGAGGUGCUGGAUGUGAAUGACAAUGCCCCGGAGCUGACCAUGUCCACACUCACCACGUCCACCCCAGAAAACUCACCAGAGACUGUAGUUGCUGUUUUCAGCGUUUCAGAUCCAGAUUCCGGGGACAACGGAAGGAUGGUUUGUUCCAUCCCGGAUGAUCUCCCCUUUCUCUUGAAGCCGACAUUCAAGAAUUUUUAUACCCUACUAACAGAGAGACCCCUGGACCGAGAGAGCCAGGCGGAGUACAACAUCACCAUCACGGUGACAGACAUGGGCACCCCCAGGCUGCAAACACAGCACACCAUCACAGUGCUGGUGUCAGACGUGAACGACAACGCCCCUGCCUUCAGCCAGCCAUCCUACACACUGCUGGUGGGCGAGAACAACAGCCCCGCCCUGCACAUUGGCAGCGUGAGCGCCACCGACCCCGACGAGGGCAGCAACGCCCAGGUGACCUACUCGCUGCUGCCGCCCCAAGACCCGCAGCUGCCGCUCGCCUCGCUGGUGUCCAUCAACGCCGACAACGGGCAGCUGUUCGCGCUGCGCUCGCUGGACUUCGAGGCCGUGCGCGCCUUCGAGUUCGGCGUGGGCGCGUGGGACCGCGGCUCGCCCGCGCUCGGCAGCCAGGCGCGCGUGCGCGUGCUGGUGCUGGACCGCAACGACAACGCGCCCUUCGUGCUGUACCCGCUGCAGAACGCGUCGGCGCCCUGCAGCGAGCUGGUGCCCAGGGCGGCAGAGGCGGGCUACCUGGUGACCAAGGUGGUGGCGGUGGACGGCGACUCGGGCCAGAACGCCUGGCUGUCGUUCCAGCUGCUCAAGGCCACGGAGCCCGGGCUCUUCAGCGUGUGGGCGCACAAUGGCGAGGUGCGCACCGCGCGGCCGCUCAGCGAGCGCGACGCGCCCAAGCACAGGCUGCUGGUGCUGGUCAAGGACAAUGGCGAGCCGCCACUGUCUGCCAGCGUCACGCUGCACGUGCUGCUGGUGGACGGCUUCUCGCAGCCCUUCCUGCCGCUGCCCGACGCGCCUGCCGACGCGCCUGCGGACGACCGCCUCACCGUCUACCUGGUGGUGGCUUUGGCCUGCGUGUCGUCGCUCUUCCUCUUCUCCGUGCUGGCCUUCGUGGCCGUGCGCCUGUGCAGGCGGCCCGGCCCUUCUGCGGGGGGCCCCUACCCGCUGCCCGACGCGCACUUCCCAGGACACCUGCUGGAUGUCAGUGGCGCUGGGACCCUGUCGCACAGCUACCAGUAUGAGGUGUGUCUGGCGGGGGGCGCUGGCACCAAUGAGUUCAAGUUCCUCAAGCCCAUUCUGCCCACCUUCCCGCCUCAGGACACUGAGGAAGCAGUAGAGGAAAACCCCACUUUUAGGAAUAGCCUUGGAUAUAAUUAGAAAUCUGACCAUGAUACGUAUUUUGGACGUUAUCUCUCAAUUUCCUAGAGAUUUCGUGAGAGUAUCAUGGAGAAAACUUCCACCUUCAGAUAUUUCCCUUUUUUAAUUAAUUUGUGAACUCUAUUUUCUCUUGUCAUAUUUUGGGAAACUGAAUUCUACUCAUUGCAUUGCUUCCACAAUAUCAAUAUAAAUCCCCCAUGCUAUUGAUUUUCCUUAAAAGUUUGCUCUGAUUUAUUGCAGAAAACUGUCUUGAUACAAUAAAAUCAAAUAUUAUUUCCCCCCUGUAUUUUAUCCAUCUAAACAUUCUUUUUAAUAUUUUGUUUAAAAUAUCCAAAAUGUUUUUCCAGUUUGCAUUUUGAUAGAUAUUUCCAUAGAUAGCACUGCAUGUCAGAAACUGUUAAAAUUUAAUGACUUUUAAGAAAUAUUUGACAAUGGGCUAACAAAUUACAACAGUACUAAUUAAAAUAUGUAAACAUGAUUGUUUUUGAUCAUUUUAACAUGCAAAUGGAAAAAUAAAUCAAGUUUGGCACAAUGUACUUUUUAAAGUAUAUAAUACUAGGGGAUGAAUUAGGUAAGGUGUUUGCCUUUCACAUGACCAACACUUGUCAUACCCGAUGUGGUCUGCUGAGUCCAUAUUAGGUGUCUUUAAACUCAGAGCCAGGAAUAAGCCUUUGGAGCCAUUUGCUGUGGCUCCUAAAAGAAAAUAAAAAUGAAAGAAAAAAGAAAAUAGAUGAUGCAAUAAAGAAAUUGUGGUUUAUAUACACAAUGGAAUACUACUCAGCUAUAAUAAAAUCACUGUCACUGUCAUCCCAUUGCUCAUCGAUUUGUUCGAGCGGGCACCAGUAACGUCUCUCACUGAGAGACUUAUUGCUACUAUUUUUGGCAUAUCCAAUACGCAGCAUUAGCUUGCCAGGCUCUGCCAUGCAGGCUCCAUACCCUCAGUAGCUUGCCAGGCUCUCCGAGAGGGGCAGAGGAAUCGAACACAGGUUGGCCGAGUGCAAGGUGAAAGCCUAACUGCUGUGCUAUCGCUCCAGCCAUAAUAAAAUAUAAAAUCAUUCAAUUUGAUGCCACAUGGAUGGAACUCAAGGGUUCUAAAUAUUGAAUAGAGCUAGUUAGAAGAACGUAUAUGUUUUCUCUCCUAUGUAGGAUAUAAUUAAUCACUUUAUGGGAACAUCAAAUGGUCAAAUAAAACAGAACUUAAGACUUGGUUUACACAACUGAGCUUACCUGGGCUUGGGGCAGUUUGGGCUAGUUUCUGGACACUGGUGAAUGGAAUGAAGUCUGGUGGUGGGAAUGGUGAUAGAAUGAUGUAUGCAUGAAACUGUCACUCAUGGUAUUAUUAAUCACAGUAUUAAAUAAAAAUUGGAGGAAAACAUGGUUUACUAUAUACUAUCUGCUAUGAAAUUCACUUCAACUAUUAUAUAGGCAAAUUGAAAGUUAAAAUAUGGAGUAAUAAAAUAGUGCAUACUAUUCAUGCAAUGAUAAAUAAUGUAGAUGUAAUAGCAAAGAAGAUAUCUCCCCACUGCAAAAAUAAAGAAAAAGAGGCAUAGUUGGAUAAUAUAUAAUGAUAAAAGAAGAAUACGUAGCAACUCACAUACGUAUAUACUAAAUACUAGAGCUGCAAAUAAUUGAAUCAAAAUAAAGUGAUACUGAAAGGAGAAUUCUAUCAAAAUUUCUGACUUAAGCCUGGGUUUUAUUCCCAUUACUGCACUGAGAUGAAGGUAGUCCUUGAGCAUUGCUGGGUGUGGCCCCCAAAAUAAAUAAAAUUGGAUACCUCAACACCCUCUCUCAACAAUUGUUAGAAUUAGGCAGAAAAUCAGCAUAAAUAAAGAAUAACCUAACAUCUUCAUUAACCAGUAGGAGCAAAUAUAUUUAAAGAACACCUAGCCAACAACCAUAAAACACUAGUUUUGUAAGAUAGAAUGCAUAAACAGAUCAUACUACAAACUUCAACCCACUUAGAGGAAUUGAAAUCUGUAUUGCACUGUGGGUUCUCCAGUCACAAUAGACUAAAGCAGUAGUGAAAACAUAAUAGAAAAAUCUUCAAACAGUUGAAAAUUAAAUAAGACAUCAAAUGAAGUCAUGGAUCAAAGAAAACACCUCAAAUGAGAUGAAAAUAGGUUGAGCUUGAUUAGAAAUACAAAUACAACAAAUAAUUUUAUAAGACAGUGUAGAGAGGGAAAUUUACAGACCUACAGACAUACAUAAGAAAAGAAUUAAGUUUCAAAUAAUUCAUUGAUGCUCCCACCUCAAUAAUCUAGAGGAAUACAAAGAAAAUUAACCCACAGAGACUGGGAAAUAGUUCAAAAAGUAGAACACAAGCUUUGCGCAUGCAAGUGAGAGCCUUGCAUUUGAUCCCUGACAUAUAUUGUCCUCCAAGCAUUGCCUGGAUUAGUCUUCUAGAAAAAAAACAUGCUCCCACUGAGCAAGUAGGAGAAGAAAAGAAGGAACCAGUGAAACUUAAGACUAAAAUAAGAGAGUAAAUAGAAAAUAAUAAGCGAGCUUAUUAAAAUAAUCAACAAGUUUGGAAAAACUUUAGUAAAAGUGGCAAAAAUAUCUAUUCUCCAGUCAUUUGAGAUACCAAAUGUAUUUCACAUAUUUUAGAACGUUCAGCAUUAGAUAUCCCACUGGGAGAUUAUUUAUAUAUUUUUCCUAAAUGAUGGUUUUUCUUCACAUAUAACUAAAUUUAAGAAGAACCAUGAGAAGUUCAAUUUGUCCUUGAAAAUUAGUCUUUCAUUUCUAAUAAACUUGAAGAAUUUUUAAAUGUUAUAAUGAAUAAAACAGAACAUGAAUAUGUGUAGCAUAAAUAUCAAAAUCUGAUUCAUCAACUAUGUAACCAUUUUUAAGUUAAGUAAAACUAGCUUUAUAUUGUUCCAUUUGUUAAAUUAAUUUCAAGUCAUGGAUAAUCCAGCAUUUCAAUAAUUUAAAAACUGUAUUACUUUAUUUUAGCAUACAUAAGCACAAAAAGCAUUUUACACUGCCUACCUUUCCCUGUUGUGUAUAGAGAUAAAAGUUUUAUCACAUAAUGCUUGAACUUAUGUUGAAAACUACAAACAAAAGUAUUAUAUGUAUUGAAUAAAGUGUGGUUUACAUGAAUAGAUCCAUUUGUUCAAAUUGGUGCAGCAGUGGUUUAUGAAGUUUAUAUAAAUAGCUGUACAUGAGGCUGGAGAGAUAGUAUGGGGUAAUGAGCUUUGCCUUGUAUGCAGCCAACCAGGGUUGAAUUUCUGGUGCCCCACGUGGUCCCCUUAGCCCCACCAGAGGUGAUCCCUGAGUGCAGAGUCAAGAGUUGGCCUUGAGUACUGCUGGUUGAGUUCCCCCCAAAAGAAGAUAAAAAUAGCUAUGGAAACACUGAUUGGGAAGCAUAGAGUGGAGAAUUGAUAGAAUUGUGAAGAAAAGUAGAUUUACUAUUAAGAUUAGAGAUUUCAACACUCUCCCUCAACUACUUAUAAUAAAAACUAGACAGAAUAAGCAAAGACAGGAUAGCUGUAGGUGUAAUGAAAUAAGCUAAUACUGUGUAGCUAGGAAAAAUUAUACAAAAAUGUUUAUACUGUUUAUAUAUACAUAUAUGUAAAACAUUUGUCAAAAUGAGCCCAUUUAAUAUUUGUUCCUUGGUAAAUAUGUUUAUAAAAACAGUCAAUUCAACUCUAUUAAAGCAAAAGAGGUAAAACAGAGAUGCAUUAUCCUAAAGCAAUCUAUUGUAAACUACUUUCUAUAAAAAGAUAAUUUUUCCACAUAUAAAACCGAUGCCACUUGGGGAACUAUUAAGAUGUCAACUUCUUUUAACAACACACAUUUUAAAUACAUUAUACUACUAAUAAAAAAUUCUUUAAAAUGAAAAAUUAUUUAAUAAGCUGUAUUUGAGGAAGCCUCGUGGCACUGUAGAAGAGAAUAAAUCUCAGGAUGCAGAAAUCACAUUAAGCUAGUAUCAGAAUGCCCACAGAAAGAGGUAUUUAGGAUUAAGUAGGAAGCCACUUUGUGGUGGCAGUGCAGGCUAAACUAAGCCUAUUCAAAAUGUCUGUAAAUGUUGAUUUUAUUUCAUCAGUUUAUUUUGUUAUUUAUACCAAGGAAGAUUAUCAUAGUAACAUUUAUCAGGUGAACCAGGGAGCUUGAUGCCGGUGACCACAUUUUUAAUCUCUAGAGAGAAAUACCUUUCAAAUAUAUAAUGAUUUUUAUCUGUUCAUGCUUAUUUAGCUCUUUAUUUUUCAUAGAGUUGAGGUGUUGGGAAAUAUUCUCAGUAUUUAGUCUUUUUAUUUUGGUUUUUACCUAGUUAAUUUUACUUUAACUCAACUGACUUCCUCUCACUAAAUAUGAGCUAAAUAUGAAAUUUAUUAUGUUUUGUAUAUUUUUGUGUUGCUAUUGGUACAUUGAUUCAUUUGAUAUAUUUUAUACUUUCUCAUUUUUCUGAGAAAAUUCUGAGAAGUAUGAAACUAGUUGUAAUGUAACAUCAGUGAAUUCCAUGGUAUCCAAUCAAGUAUAAACCAUAUUAUCUGUAUUGCAAACCAUGAUGCCCCAAAUUAGAGAGUAAGAAGGAAAGUACAUUC